AUGAGUACCGAGUACAACCAUCUUGUUCAACGCGAUGAUGGUUUAGGUCGGCUUUUUGAUGGCCAAGCACGCCUUACCCCUGACGCACCAGCAGUUGUAGACGGUGAUUGCAUUACGACUUAUGAACAAAUUCGUUUGAGGAGCAUCCACCUAGCAUCUGAACUCCGCAGAAAUGAAAUUGCUCUGGAAGAGCCAAUCGGUAUUCUUGUCAACCCAAGUGUCUACGACGUCGUCACUCAGAUCGCGGUGAUAUACGCUGGUGGCAGUUGCGUUCCCCUUGACCCAAAUCUUAGCAAUGAACAGCUGGAGUCCAGACUGAAGAAGUUGAACGCGCGAUUUCUUAUUGUUGAUUCCUCAAACGAAAACCGCCUCUCUGCUUUCCGCCAAUUUGUCGCUGGUGAAAAUGAAGAUUUGGGUGGAGUACAGUCUGGAGAAUCCCAUAAUCUCCCUGUUUCAACAACCUUGGAGCACCGGACCCAUCUGAUACAUACUUCUGGAACCACUAGUGAGCCCAAAGCAGUCCAAAUCCUUGCUCGAUCAGUUCUAGAAGUUGUAUAUCAUUUUCCAUUUGCACCUCUUGAUAUGGAAGAUGCUGUGGCACAUGUCAACAACACAAGUUUCGACGUCUCUCUUGUUGAUAUCUGGGCCCCUCUGCUCCGAGGUGCUCGCGUUGUUCUUGUUUCCAAGAACAUCCUCCUCGACCCCGUUGCAUUGGCCGACACGGUGAAGAAAUUUCAUGUUACAGUUGUGGCGACAACAUCCGCUGUUCUAAAUCUCGCAGCUGUUGUCUAUCCAUCAGCAUUUUCCAGUCUUAAAACAUGUAUGAUCGGAGGUGAGGUUGCACAGCCCUCUGCAGUCAAAACUAUACUCGAAAAGGGACCACCGGGCCAGUUAAUAAAUGCAUAUGGCCCUACUGAAUGUUGUGCAUUCGCUCUUGCUCACAGCGUAACCCUUGAUGACCUCAAUGCGGAAUCAAUAAGCAUUGGGAAACCAAUUGGCGCCACAUCAGCAUUCAUCCUCGAUGAAUCGCUGAACCCGGUGAAAAAUGGUGAAGUCGGAGAAUUAUACAUUGGCGGACCUGGCGUUAGCCGUGGCUAUGUGAACAAUCCUCAGAAAAACUCGGAGUCGUUUCUCGAAAUUGGCGAGUUGCUGACCUCAGGCGUGGCGAACCGGGUCUAUCGCACUGGAGACUUUGUCAAGCGUGAGGAAUCUGGGAAGAUAUUCUUUGUUGGCCGACGAGACAAUCAAGUUAAAAUUCGCGGAUUCCGCAUUGAACUGGAAGCUGUCGAAACCGCAUUGCUCAAAACCGGUCGCUUCACCGAUGCGGCAGCAUUCAAAGUUGAUACAUCCGGCCAUGGAACGGGAGGAGCGCUGGUAGCAUACGCUGUUCCAAAUCUGCAUUCGACAGAUACUCUCGUCGGGGUCACUGAUAGGCUAAAGGUUAUGUUGCCAGAUUACAUGAUACCGCGUAUUGAAUUGAUCGACAGCCUUCCCCUGAACUCUCAUGACAAAGUCGAUCGAAAAAAACUGGUCAGCUCGUACCUUGAGAGAGCCAAAUCUGGGCUUCAUUUAAAACACGAGAAGUCGAUGACAACAGUUGGCCGCUUGCAGCAACUCUGGUGUCAUACUUUAGGCCUGGGAAUAACAAAUUUUGAGGAGCACGAUGACUUUUUCCUCUUGGGCGGCACGUCUUUGCAAGCCGCGGUUUUAAUUCACAAAAUUCGCCAGGAGUUCGAAAUCGAUAUCUCCACUUUAACCCUGUACGACAACUCCACGUUGAUCGGGCUAGCCGCAGUAAUCGAUAGUUUCAGGAGAGGGACUUUCACUGAAAAGGACGAGAGGCAACUCUGGCUAGCGGAUGCUAAGCUGGGGGAAACCAUCAGGAUCCCAAACAAAUCACCUCGAAACUGGCGUUGCGAUACGGAAGGACGUGUGUUUUUGACAGGUGCUACUGGUUUUGUCGGGGCUUUCUUGCUUGUACAGUUGCUUGAAAUGCCAGAUGUCCAUCAGGUUGGAUGCCUGGUGCGUGCUCCCAAUGUUGACUUGGGUUUCGCGCGUCUUCGUCAUAUCCUCGAAAAAUACAAGCUUUGGAAUGAUUCUCUGAAAGCAAAAUUGCUUAUUCUUCCCGGGAAUCUCGAGGACGACAAUUUAGGGUUUAGCGAGGAACGGUUUGGGGAAAUUGCGGAAUGGGCGAGCGUUGUGUUCCACCUUGGGGCGCGGGUGAACUAUGUUCAACCUUAUUCUGUUCACCGAGCAGCCAAUGUCAUAGGAACCGUCAAUAUACUGCGUCUGGUGAGUGUUGGAAGGCCCAAGACUCUUCACUAUGUGUCGAGCAUUUCCUGUUUCGGCCCAACAGGUAUGAUAAACGGCGUCUCACAUGUUUCUGAAGACGGCCCUAUGCUACCACACCUGGACGCAUUGCUCUACGAUCACGGAUAUGCCCAGAGCCAAUGGGUGAUCGAGUACAUGCUCCAGGAUCUCAUCAAACGAGGAUUUCCUGUGGCUAUUUAUCGACCGGGAUCGGUCACUGGUCACACCGUGAGCGGUGUAGGCAACCCCGAUGAUUUCCUCUGCCGUCUGAUCAACACCUGCUUUGACGUCGAAUCUUACCCAUUGCUUCCCGGUCAGCGAAAGGAUGUGGUUCCCGUGGAUUACGUAUGCUCUGCUAUUUUACACAUCUCGUCAUCCAACGGGAACCUUGGCAGAGCAUACCACAUCGUCCCGCAUUCUUCGAAAUACGUCUCUGUAAACGACACCUUCGAGCUCAUUGCACAGUGUGCCAAUCAAAAAAUGGAAGCAUUGCCUUACUCGGAAUGGGUAAAGAAGCUUGCAUCCAAGCCCACCAGCCGUCUGAAACCACUCCAGCCAAUGUUGGAGCAAAAGUACUAUAAAGGGCUGACUCGUUGGGAGAUGUAUGAAAACAUGCCGAUCUACUUGACCGAAAACACUGAUCGUGCUCUGCAGGACUACCCAAAUGGGCUGCUCUGUCCGCCCUUGGAUGAACAAUUAGUCCGUCUGUAUCUUGCACAGUGGGAAGCUGAUCAGACUCAAGCCACCCGGGGCAAAACCCGGCGACUGAUGACCAGCGAUGAUGGGAUCCCAGUCACAGAAAGGAGGGUAAAACAAAUCCGGGCAUGUUCAGGCCAUUGA